ACCCACUGGAAUUCGCAAUUUUUAUUCCACGGAGAUGACACUGUUCUGUCUUUCGGUAACGCAAAUUAGUGCCGUGAAGUGAUAAGCAUUUAAAACUUUAAGUGGAGUUGGCUCGGGUUAUUUCGACGCAGGGCGGGUUUGAAAAUGGAUUUAUACGGCAAGCUUUUGCGGAUUUUGUGCAUAUGGGUAUUGUAUCAAAGAAUUCAUGUCCUCGCGAUACCCCUCACUUUCUUCACGGCAGUUUUGCGAUUGUACGUCGAGAAAGGUCUGCUGGCCAAGGAAGAGUCUUUUGUGAGAGAGGAGCUGUUGGAUCGGGAGUACGACUUCAUCGUGGUUGGCGGGGGUACGACGGGGAACGUGGUGGGGGCACGUCUGUCGGAGAACCCUGAUUGGACGGUGCUGGUCCUGGAGGCCGGCUACGAGCAGACCUUCUUCACGGAGAUCCCGCUGGUGAACACGUUCCUGAUCUUGACCGAGUAUAACUGGAAGUACCGGGCCCAGCCGCAGGAGGGCAUGUGCCUCGGGCUCGAGGGCGGGGUCUGUCCCUGGCCCGCCGGGAAGGGCAUCGGCGGCACGAGCAACAUCAACGCCAUGAUCUGGACCCGUGGCAACCGCAGGGAUUACGACAACUGGGCCGCGCAAGGCAAUCCAGGUUGGAGCUACUCAGAGGUUCUACCUUACUUCCUGAAGAGCGAAAACUACACGAUCCCCGAGUUAGAAGACUCGCCAUGGCACUCGAAUAAAGGCCCCAUCGAGGUAGGCUACGCGCCGUACAGGACCCAGAUGCUCAACGCUUUCCUCGAGGCCGGUAAAGAACUUGGUUUCCAGCUGGUCGAUUACAACAACCCCAACACUCACGUCGGGUUCUCCGCCAUCCAAGCAUCUCAAGGUCACGGCCGACGGUCCUACUCGAAAGAGUACCUGAAAAACGCACACUGGCGGAGCAACUUAUUCGUUUUGCAGCUAUCCCUGGUGACGAAGAUCCUGUUGAACCGCGACAAAAUAGCGUACGGCGUCCGGGCCGAGAUCAGGGGUAAACAAGUGACCUUCCGGGCCCGCAAGGAGGUCAUCCUGUGCGCAGGGGCUUUUAACUCCCCCAAACUCCUCAUGCUCUCAGGGAUCGGCCCCAGGGACCAUCUUGAAGAACUCGGUAUCAAAGUUAUUACCGAGCUUCCAGGAGUCGGCCAGAAUCUCCAGGAACACACAUCCAUGGCGGGACUGACUUUCCUGGUGAACAGCACGAAAGGGAUCACGACCUCGCUCCUCGUCGACACGAUCCCUGACACAUUCACGGAGUGGUACUUGCACGGCACAGGGAUAUUGACCCUCAUGGGCUGCGAGGGACUGGCAUACGUCAAGACUAAAUACGACGAGUUCCCCGACGAGGAUGUCCCUGAUAUCGAGUUUAUCUUCGUCCCUGCCUCCUUGGGCUCUGACAAAGGACUCGAUCUUCGCAAGGGGAUGGGAGUCACCGAUCAAAUCUACAAUUCGGUUUACAAGCCGGUGGAAGACCGCGACGCGUGGAGUAUCUGGCCGAUGAUAUUGUACCCCAAAAGUCGCGGGGAGGUUCGGCUGGCUGAUCGGAACCCUCAUUCGGCCCCGCUUCUCUACGCCCGCUUCGGGACUGACCGCAGGGAUCUGGACGUCAUCGUCGAAGGGAUCAAGUUGGCCAUCGGGCUCUCAGCCACCAAGGCCUUCCAGGCCCUGGGCAGCGAGCUGGUCACAAUCCCGAUCCCGGGUUGCGAGACGAUGCCGUUCGGGGCGGACGAGUACUGGGAGUGCGCGGCGCGGACCAUCACGACGCAGCUCCACCACCAGUGCGGGACCUGCAAGAUGGGCCCCGCGACGGACCCCACGGCUGUCGUCGACGCCCAGCUCCGGGUCUACGGCGUCCAUAACCUCCGCGUGGCUGACGCCUCCAUCAUCCCCACCCUCCCGGCAGCCCACACCCAGGCCCCCUGCUACAUGAUCGGCGAGAAGGUCGCCGACAUGAUCAAGGAGGAGUGGAUGCCCGAAUACGUCCCAGAACACCUCCGCUACCUCAAUAUUAAGCAGUUCGCCGUCCCUGAAAACGAGGUUCCGGUCCAGUGAUUACUCGCGAGUCUAUUCGGGGUGAUUAUUUGCAAUUGAUAGACAAAACGAUAGACUAAGCUGCCGUGCUAAGGAAGAACGCCGUUCAUACGCAUAGAGUACAUAGAGUCGUAAUGUAUAUGGGUGAGCUGGCGCCACUUUUAAGCAUUUUCCAGGUCCCGAAUUCCGAGACUCCUGUGUGACGCCGGGUCACUUUUUCGAUACAUGAUCGAUUGUUUGCGAUACACGGGUACCCGGCCAUCCGAUGUAAACAAAGAAGAUAGGAAUCACCACGUAUUCCACACCGCCGUUUUGGAUCGCGCAUGUAUCGAAGAAAUGACCCGAACUCGGCGCACACCGGGCUCGGAACUCGUCGAGCUGAACAUAUGGCGCCAGCUCUCCCAUUUACAUUACGACACUAUGUACUCCAUGUUCAUACGGCGUUCUUCCUAUGUGAACUGUGUUAUAUUUCUAAACUAAGUCAAAUAUGUUAGAAUUUUGUUGAACCUUUGUUACAUCCGGAUGCAUUUAUGUUUCCAUUUUCCUCUAAUGUGUGCCAAUUAUUAAUGUGCGAGUCUUGCGUUGUUAAGCGUAGAUAGAGUCCAGAAGUUUAUGCACUUCUAGACUACGACAGAGGAUGGUCUGACGUCAGUAUUACAUGGAAAGUAAAUGCAACAAGCAAGAUGGCGGAUCUUCCGUCGCGGUCCAAAAGUGCGUGAACUUAUUUGGCCUGGACUCCAGUAAUCUAGUUACGUAAAAUGUAAAAGAAUGAAAAGCAUUUCAAGUCGAAAAGUCCAGAGGUGUGUAUGAUGUUUGAGACUCUCAGUCGGACUAUUUAGGACUGAAACUUAAAACUGUAAACCGAAACGGGGAGACAAAUAUCAGUAGUUGGGCUCCAAAUUGUAAGUUAUGAUUAAAUUUUUGAUAUAAAAAAAAA